UCUUUCAUUGUAGAGUUACAAUGAAUCCUUUGACUAACGUUAAAAACAUAAAGAAACUGAACGAUCAAGAGUUACAAGGGAGGAACAAAUCAUCUUGGCACGACCAGUAUAAAGAUAGUGCUUGGAUUUUUAUCGGUGGCCUUCCAUAUGAUUUAACGGAAGGUGAUGUGAUUGCCAUUUUCUCUCAAUAUGGAGAAGUAGUUAAUAUAAACUUAAUCAGAGAUAAAGAUACUGGAAAACAAAAAGGUUAUGGUUUCUUAUGUUAUGAAGAUCAGAGGAGCACUAUAUUGGCAGUCGACAAUUUCAAUGGCAUAAAAAUAUUAGGUAGAGUAAUACGAGUAGAUCAUGUUUCCAAUUACAAGGCGCCAAAAGAUUCAAAAAAAAUAGAUGACGAAACAAGAAAUUUAUGGAAAGAAGGUUGUGCUCCAAAGAAAGACUAAAGAUAGACAUACAAAUCAAUAAUU